UGGCAAUGGAGACCUCAUGGAUCUGUGGAUGUGUCUAUCAGAUGCCACUUCGGAUGAAUGCAAGUCGCUUCUAAAGAAGUUCCUCACUCAAGAACGGUUUGACAAGUUGAAAGAUAAAAGGACCAAAUUUGGUGGAACGCUAGCUGACUGCAUUCGGUCAGGGUGUAUGAAUCUACACUGUGAGGUAGGCAUCUUCACCUGUGAUCCCGAUGGCUACACCAUCUUCGCCGACGUCAUCAAUGACGUCAUCAAGGAGUACCACAAUGUCGAAACGUUGGAUCACCCAGAGCCUCACCUAGGUGACCUUGAAAAUCUGAAAUUCGGUAACCUUGACCCUACUGGCAAAUACAUCGUCUCUACCCGCAUCCGUGUAGGACGAAACUACGAAAGCUAUGGCUUUCCGCCCGUUUUAACAAAAAAGAAACGUCUGGCGAUGGAGGCAACCACAAAGGCAACUCUCGAGAACCUUACUGGGGAUCUUGCUGGAACGUACCACUCUCUGGACACCAUGAGCAGAGAGGAACAGGACCACCUGAUACAGAACCACUACAUGUUCAGGGUCGAGGAUAGCCUCUUGGGAGCUGCCAGCAUCUUCAACGACUGGCCUUCUGGCAGAGGCAUCUUCUUCAACAUCGACAAGACCUUCCUUGUGUGGGUGAACGAGGAGGACCAUCUCCGUCUCAUCUCCAUGCAGAAGGGAGGCGACUUGGCUGCAGUCUACAAGCGACUCUGCACAGCAAUCAAGACAAUGGAGGGAAGCGGCUUGCCAUUCGCCAAAAGAAAAGGUCUCGGCUAUCUGACGUUCUGUCCGACCAACCUCGGCACAACUCUCCGCGCCUCCGUCCUCAUCAAGAUUCCGUACCUGUCUGCCGAACCCGACUUCCGGAAAUUCUGCGAGAAUCUCCACUUACAAGUUCGAGGUUUUCACGGAACACGCACCGAAGGUUUUCAUGGUAUCUACGAUCUCUCCAACAAACGUCGUCUGGGUCUGACUGAGUUUCAGGCCGUCGAGGAGAUGCGCAAGGGCGUGGAAAUAUGCCUCCAGCGAGAGAAGGAACUGGAGGCAACCAAGAAACGCAAGGAUCAGUCUACAGAUAGCUACCAAACAUCCGCCUCCUGUUACUCGACCUCCCCCUUUAGCAAAUGAAUACAGAAUCAGAAU